CUCGAGUUAAGUUUUUAAGUCACUAAGUUUUUGAGUCACCUGUUGAUCUCUAUACAAUAAAAUUCACUCUAAUUAAACGAAUUAAUCUGAUUUCUUUUUCUUUCAGAAACGCAAUAAAAGAGGAUGGAAGAUACGAUAACGAGAAAUGGAUUCUGUGAUACUUCGUGAAAAGGAUGGAGAGGAGGAGGUACUUAGUCCGUAAGUCCGAUUCCUUCACCUAUCCCGAAGUUCGAACCAGCGGCGAUGCUAUCUGCUUGUGCAAUUGCAGCAAUGCGCCGUACAACUCCUACGACUUACAAACUCAGACCGUGAUUUUUGGCGAAGAAAUCAAGCCAAAGAAAGACAAAAAGGGAGUCUUUUCCUGCACCUCCCUGCUCAAAAAGUUUUCAGACGAUUCCACAAAGGCAUCCAACAGCUGUUCCAAAAUGGAUCAAGAUCUGGAGUUUUACCCUGUAGAUGACCAUCCAUCUCCGUCGACGUUUACAGCGUGGGAUGCUUUCCUGACAGGUAAUCAGGCUUUCUUCCGGGAGCCACCUUGCUUGCUGCCGGAUCCGGCCUUCUCUUACAUGGACGUCAUACCCGAAGAAGAUGAUAUGGAAUCUCUUCUGGAAUCGGACACGGAUGACACCGGCAGCUCCGUUUCUACCGUCAUUGACCGUUUUUCUAGGGCCAGUACUGCUAAUUCGAGCUUCUCCGAAAGAUGCAGCAAAUCUUCCACGGAAAUGACAUUUGAUCUAGAGCAGGUCCUCUCACCUUUCGAAAAGUUGGAGAAAGAGUUAGAUGCAGGCGAGCCAAAAGACAGUGAGGAGUUGCAGAGUAAAAAGGACACUCAGAGGGGCCCAAUAGUAGUCAUAACUAACAGCAAUAGUUGUGAAGAUGUUCGCAGGGCAGAGGAAGACAAGACUUCUAAUGAAGCGGAAGUUAAAAAGGACUUAAACUCAGUAACUGGAGAUUUAGAUACAAGUAAUGUAAAUAAUCUGAAAAAUGGUGUAAUCUCUGACUGCCAGGAGAAGAAUAUAGCAGCUAAAAUGGAAUGCACCCCGAAACUUUUAGUAAUGAAAUAA